CUGUUCUAUAACGAUCUCCUCCCAGUACUCGCAUGCUCUCCUCAUUAGUUGUCUACUUUGUUUUACCUUGUAAGAGUGGCAGACUGUAAAAACAUGCCACAAAGUGAUGAUUCAGUGUGUGUGCCUCAAUAUUUCUCUCAAAAGACCGUGUUUUUGAAGGCCGAGUGGCCCAGUAUCAGAGCGGAUGCCAGUCGCAAGCACCUUCAGCUAAAAUCUUUCCCAUGUGACUUUUCUCGCAAUCACGAGUUAAAAACGUCUUAACGCUGGAUGUGUUUCAGCUUUUGUCUUCCUCAGAUGUUAACUGAUGGACUGGAGUGCUGUGGAUUACUGUGAUGUUUUUAUUACUGCAAACUCCUUGACCCUUUCCUGAGAUGCUCAUUUAUAUGAUCAUGUGAAGGAAUAAUAUACCUGCUGUUCCUGUUCUUGUAAAACUGAAUGUUAAAGUCAUAUUUUAUUAGUUCAAGCUGUUCUCAGACUGAAGGCCGGAUGGAGCGAGAUUAAAGCGGCGAGGUCACGAGCACUUCCUCCGUUUCCCACAAUCCUCUGCUGCAGAUCAGUUGAAUGAAAGCGCACGUUGUGAAGUGCAGUGCCGGUCUUCAUCUCGCUUUGGAUUACUGAUCUUCUCUUGGGUUUGACUACUCUCAGAGGCACUCGUGGAGCUCAUGAAGACUGAACGGGAUGGGGACGCCGCGCUGGAAGAGAGCAGCUCGCAGGAGCCUGACCUCUACAGCCCUGCGUCUCCCGGCCCGCAGCAGGAGCCCGUCUCCACAUACUUCGAGGAGAAGGUUCCCAUCCCUGAGGAUGACACAACUAAGCUGUUUAGCUUUCGUAAACUCUGGGCCUUCACUGGACCGGGCUUCCUGAUGAGCAUCGCCUAUCUGGACCCGGGGAACAUCGAGUCCGAUCUCCAGUCUGGGGCUAGAGCGGGCUUCAAGCUGCUGUGGGUUCUGUUGGGUGCCACCAUCAUCGGGCUGCUGCUGCAGCGUCUGGCCGCUCGUCUCGGUGUUGUGACCGGGAUGCAUCUGGCCGAGGUCUGCAACCGUCAUUACCCUACGGUGCCGCGGAUCAUCCUGUGGCUGAUGGUGGAGCUGGCCAUCAUCGGCUCUGACAUGCAGGAGGUCAUCGGCUGCGCCAUCGCCCUCAAUCUGCUGUCGGUCGGCAGGAUUCCUCUGUGGGCUGGAGUGUUGAUAACCAUCACUGACACAUUCAUCUUCCUGUUUUUGGACAAGUAUGGUCUGAGGAAGCUGGAGGCGUUCUUUGGGUUCCUCAUCACCAUCAUGGCUCUCAGCUUUGGUUACGAGUAUGUGCGUGUGGCUCCAGACCAGGGCGAGGUGCUGAAGGGCAUGUUUCUGCCGUACUGCAGCGGCUGUGGACCCACGCAGAUGGAGCAGGCCGUCGGGAUCGUGGGAGCCGUCAUAAUGCCUCAUAACAUCUACCUGCAUUCUGCUCUCGUGAAGUCACGAGACAUAAAUCGAGCAAACAAGAAGGAAGUGAAGGAGGCCAACAAGUACUACUUCAUUGAGUCCUCCAUCGCUCUCUUCAUCUCGUUUCUCAUCAAUGUGUUUGUGGUGGCCGUCUUUGCACAGGCCUUUUACGGCAAAACCAACAUGGAAGUGAAUCAGCAGUGUAAUGAAACAGGAAGUGCUCACAGUGAGCUUUUCCCAGCCAACAAUGAAACACUGGAGGUCGACAUCUACAAAGGGGGUGUGGUUCUGGGCUGUUUUUUCGGCCCGGCUGCGCUGUAUAUUUGGGCCAUCGGGAUCCUCGCCGCUGGACAGAGUUCAACCAUGACCGGAACCUACUCGGGUCAGUUUGUGAUGGAGGGCUUCCUGAACCUGCGCUGGUCCCGCUUCGCUCGCGUGCUGCUGACGCGCUCCAUCGCCAUCUUCCCCACGCUCCUGGUGGCCGUCUUCGAGGACGUGCAGCAUCUCACCGGCAUGAACGACUUCCUGAACGUGCUGCAGAGCAUGCAGCUGCCGUUCGCGCUGAUCCCCAUCCUGACCUUCACCAGCCUGACCUCGCUGAUGAACGACUUCGCCAACGGACUCGUGUGGAAGAUCGGCGGAGGUCUGGUCAUCCUGAUGGUGUGCAUCAUCAACAUGUACUUUGUGGUGGUGUAUGUGACGGCCCUCAACAGCAUCGUCCUCUACGUCUUCUCUGCCCUACUCUCCAUCGCCUAUCUCAGCUUCAUCUGCUACCUGGUGUGGCGCUGUCUGAUCGCUCUGGGCGUCUCUCGUCUGGAUUUCAGAGGUUCGGUUCAGUAUCCGCCCUCCGUUCUCGUGGAUGAACAGCCAGAGUUUGAUUCCUGAAGCAGUAUGAACAUUUGUUUGUUCUUCUAGUGUGAGGAACGUCCUUACUGUAACCAACAGUACAAUCCAAAUAUUAGUCUUUUUCUUGGUUUUCCUGCAUCAGUUCCUGAUCCGUGGCUCUGCCACUUUGUAUAGAUCUACUAUUGUAGGUCUGGCAGAACUGAUAGAUGUACGGUGCUCCUCAGAUUAACUUAUUUACUACAACAGCUGCAGAAAUAUGGGCUUAAAAUGAUUCCUUACAGAACGUACACGGAGCGGUCCGUGUACAGUCAGUGUAAAGUCAAGAUAAUUUAACAGUACAAAUUAAACAUAGUUUAUGACUCGCUAACUAAUGACUCAUUUGCUGAUGAGACUAGAUGGUUUGAACCGUUAUUUCUAGGUUCUCAAAGGCUGCUAUUCUUAUCAUGAAUAAGCCAAUGAAGUGAUUUUAUGACCCGCAGGAAUAUUAGCCUGCCUUCACCCUAAAACAUGUGUUUUAAUGCCUGAAUGAAAGAGAAAUUAGUAUUUAUUUUAUUGAAGGAAGAGUACAGACGGCUCACGCACAGAAGACUGGCACACCAAACCUGGUCAAAAACUGAAACUGACCUCAUUUAUGUCAAUAAAUCAUCUAUCAUCAUUUUCAUUAAUCUUUUUUUUUUCCCCAUUUCAAAGAUUCUGUUAUUAUUGGCUGUUUAUUUAGUUUAGAUGCAUCACUACUCGAAAUUUGUUUGCUGAAGAGAUUUGCCGUCAUUUGACUUUGACUGUACUAACAAGAGUUUCUGAACAAAAUAAAAAGCAUUAGUUUAUGCAGCUUUCCUUACCAAAAGAAACAAAAAGUGCCUUUAAAUUCUUCAUUGUUUUGUCAUAUUGUACAUUUUGAUGCGUCUACAUUAGGAGAUGUGACUGUAAUCAAAAGUUUCCCUUCAUGCCAGAUCAUUUCAUUCAUGUUUUGAAAUGCCAAUGAAAUGAUUUUGAUUUACUGUUUCUCUGUUUUUAUGUAAGUGUAAAUGUGAGUUAUGUUGGUGUACGAGGCAGAUACUUGUGAUCUGUUCUGCUGUAUGUUGGAAACACAUUCCAUGCUGUCAGUACUUCAGCUGAGAGAGAGAACAUCUGAGAUGUAUUUAUGUUUUAAGACAUGAAUCUUAUGUACACUGAUGAACCCGAGUCUGUACACACUGUACAUGUGUAGCUGACAAAUUAAUAAAAGCCCAAAAUGUCGUCUUAA